GACGACAGUCAGUCGUUUCGAGGCUGCCGAGUUGACCGGGUGUAGUAGAGAGCGACCGAAGAGAACCGCGCCGGUUCUGCUGCCCUCUCCCUCUUUCUUUUCCGAAGUAGCCUUCGUUCGUUCGUGGUUCAUCAGCGUAUUUCACGUCUUUUCUCUUCGCUACUCUCGCCACUACUCUUCAACGUUUAGCACAGUGCUUUCACCGCGAGGAAUCAUGAAGAGUUUCACGGCCGGUCUUCUCGUCUUGGCGUCGAUCCAAGUCGCAAUGUCCAGCAUAGAUCCAGCCACCUUCUUCAACGUACAGGGUAACCUCACCAACAUCAAAUGGGCCCAUGCCGUCAACAGCAAGGAGCUGCUCACCCAGGCGCUUGAGCAAGCCAACGUCAGUAUGCUAGAGGCCGACGUGGUGUUGGGCAAGCUGAACAACUCGGAAGCCGUGAUACCGAUAAUGGCGCACCCGCCGAAAAAUACCAGCGAUCUGUCGCUGGAGGCUUUUCUGAACACCGUCAAGGAUAAGAAGAACAUAACCAAGGGCGUUAAGCUGGACUUCAAGACCCUCGAAGCCUUAAACGCGAGCAAGGAAAUCUUGAACAAGACUCAAAAUGACCUGAAGUUCCCCUUAUUCAUCAACGCGGACAUCCUCCCCGGACCGGUGAACGCUAAUACCACUCCGGUCGACGCGAAGGAAUUCUUAACUCAAACCAAAUCGUUUAAAAAUUGUACAUUGUCCGUCGGCUGGACCACCAGAUACGGUAGUAAGGACAACGUCACCGAAGGUGGGUAUACGGACGAACAGAUCAAGGAAAUGGUGAAGGUGUUGAAGGAACAACAAGUGACGCAGCCGAUAACUUAUCCGGUAAGAGCUGGACUAGCGGCGAACAGCGUCGCUCAGAUCAAGAUGCUGAUGGAGACUCCAGGAUUGAACACGGCCAACGUGACCUUGACCGUGUGGUCCAGCGAGGGCGACAAGGUCGACGUCGGCAAGCUGUCGACGCUGAUCAAAGAGGUCGGCGUCGCCAAGGUGUACGUUGACGUACCGGAUGAUCUGCGGCAGAACCUGACGCUGUCCAGCGCGGCGAGCGUAAACGCAGCCUCGUUCAUGCUAGCGACGUCCCUUCUGAUCCUCCUGUCCGGCUACUUGUGAACAGUUUAAAACCAGGUCGCUUCUUCGUUGCGUUACGCGUGCGUGUCGAGGGAUUUCCGGUAUGGAAGGGUAGCGGCGCCUCCCCUUCCGUCGUCGAAAAUCUCUUCGAUCGAACGGAAGCGAGGGCCGACGGGCUUUAACACGCGCGAUCGGAAAGCGAACGUCGGCGUUCUUGAAAAAGCUAAUCAAAACGAUCCUUGAUAACCGCGAUCGAACUGAUUUCUCGAUUGAUCGUUCUCCGCUAGAUCUCGGUCGCGAACAUGUACUUUUUAGCGUAUAAGCUUAUUCGCAAACUAAGUUUUUUCUAAAUACAUUAAGGCAGCUUUCUUUAGGACGUACGAUUCCCGAUAUUCGACCCGUGCUUCGUCACGACUCAAUGUUCUACGUUUCUAUUCGUUUAUUAUCUGAUUACCCAAAGACAGUUGAUUUCGUUUCUUUGGAUGUCGAUGUCCAUACGGACUUUUGUAGAUUUCUAUCAUCGUACGGGGACGCUCGGUCUCUCCGAGAUAAAUGUCCUCGAAGUAUAGAGUAAGAUAUAACAUACCGAUUUUAAUAGAAUUUAACAAACGCAACGCCAAUCGCUGGUAAUGCCCCGAAUAAAUUGUCAUUUAGCAAAAAAUUCGACGAAAUUCUUUCGGACACUGUUAAUGUCGAGCACCUAUGUAAUUGAAACAAGAAGAGAUUCCAUUAUGGAUGAUCGUUUCCGCACCCACUCAAUCCCACACACACACACACACACACCUUCCUCCUCCCCUCGAGACGCGCUCGCUCCGGAUAUCUUUUUUUUUAUACGAUGCCGCGAGACUCGCUCCUCUAGUGUGUUAUAUCGUACUACUCUUUUAGUGUACACCGACUAUCUCCUGUACCUGCCUUUAACAUAUCUCAAACAUAGGCGCAGAAUCGAGGAAGCAGAGAAACAAACGGUAUUAGACUCUACGUAAGCUGUAACCUAUAUAACUGUAAGUCAAAGGAUUGUGAAUGCGUAAUAUCGGUGCCGGCGCACCGCGUUUGAUAAAGAAAAAUAAAAUCAUCUGCAGAAUUUAUCGAA